AAAUUCUCCAUAAAAACAAAGUGAUGUCGAUAACCGGUCUCUUUCUUAAAACGUGGUCGGUGUAAACGAACGUGUGUCAAUUUAACAAACACAAUCAACAUGACAGCUAAACCUCCAUACAAAGUUGCUGACAUUGGUUUGGCUGAUUGGGGCAGAAAAUGCAUUGAAAUUGCUGAAAAUGAAAUGCCUGGUCUCAUGCAGAUGAGAAAGAUGUAUGGAGAAUCAAAACCUUUGAAAGGGGCACGUAUUACAGGAUGUUUACACAUGACCACUCAAACAGCUGUACUGAUCGAGACCCUCACAGCACUAGGGGCUCAGGUCCAGUGGAGCAGUUGUAACAUUUUCUCCACACAAGAUUUUGCAGCAGCAGCCAUUGCCAAAACAGGUGUCCCUGUUUAUGCUUGGAAAGGAGAAACUGAUGAAGAAUACAUCUGGUGCAUUGAACAGACAUUAGUCUUCCAAGAUGGACAGCCAUUAAACUUGAUAUUAGAUGAUGGUGGAGAUUUAACAAACUUGGUCCAUGAACGCUUUCCACAGUACUUGCCAGGAAUUGCUGGUUUAUCAGAGGAAACAACAACAGGUGUACAUAACUUACACAAGAUGUUGAGAGAAGGAAAAUUGAAGAUGCCAGCUAUUAAUGUCAAUGACUCAGUAACAAAGAGUAAAUUUGAUAAUUUAUAUGGGUGUAGAGAGUCAUUAGUUGAUGGAAUCAAAAGAGCAACAGAUGUCAUGUUAGCUGGUAAAGUAGCCAUGGUAGCAGGAUAUGGAGAUGUAGGAAAAGGUUGUGCACAUGCUCUCAGAGCCUUUGGUUGUCGUGUCAUGAUUGUAGAAAUUGAUCCAAUCACUGCUCUGCAAGCAGCUAUGGAAGGUUUUGAAGUUACAACAGUAGAGGAAUGUAUACCAAAAUGUAGAAUAUUUGUAACAGCAACAGGAUGUGCAUCUAUUAUCCAUGGUAACAUGUUUGAACAGAUGUUAGAAGAUUCUAUAGUGUGCAAUAUUGGACAUUUUGAUUGUGAAUUAGAGGUUAAAUGGAUAAAUGAGAACUGUGCUAAGAAAGAACAAAUCAAACCACAGGUUGAUAGAUACACAAUGAAGAAUGGUAGACAUGUAAUUCUGUUAGCUGAAGGUCGUUUGGUUAACCUUGGGUGUGCUCAUGGACAUCCAAGUUUUGUCAUGAGUAAUUCAUUUACAAAUCAAGUUCUUGCACAAAUUGAACUGUGGACCAAAAAAGGACAACACAAGAUUGGUGUUGAAGUAUUGCCGAAGAAGUUGGACGAGGCUGUCGCUGCUGCUCAUUUAGACCAUCUUGGUGUCAAAUUGACAAAGCUGACAGACGAACAAUCUAAAUAUCUAGGUUUACCCAAAGAUGGACCCUUCAAACCAGACAUUUACAGAUAUUGAGAAAUCCAACUACGAUGGGGGAAAUUUUUUUUACAUGGGAUUUUAUAUUAUUGAUGUGUCAAUCAGUAGGUGGGGACAAUAGUGAUGAGCAGUUGAGAUUUAUAUAGGAAUAAUACAACCAUCAAGUAUGAUGGAUCUUAUGAAAGAACUUUCACCAACAGACAAAUGGUUUUGUCUCAAAUUGUUAAUUUAUUUGACCAUUAAGUUUUGCCUUGUUAGAUGUCAAUUAUUAAUGUCCAUCAUCAAAAAUCUGUAUUCAUUCCUGUAGAAAAUUGCUGUUGUAGAGAUUAAAAAAAAAUGUAUAAA